AUGGGAGGCCCCGGUGGGCCCCCAAGAAUGGGCCCCAUGGGCAAUAUGGGAGGUCCCCAGGGGGGCCCCAUGGGAGGCCCCCAGGGCCCAAGACCCGGCAUGGGGGGCCCCCAAGGAAGCUUCCAGGGAGCUCCAGGAGGUACAAUGGGGGGCCCCCAAGGGGGUCCACCCAGGGGCCCCAUGGGGGGCCCCCAGGGGCCCCCGGGAGGCCCUCCUAGAGGCCCUAUGGGAGGCCCUAUGGGAGGCCCCCCUGGAGGCCCCAUGGGGGGCCCCCCCGGGGGCCCUAUGGGAGGUCCCCCGGGGGGCCCCAUGGGGGGCCCCCCUGGGGGACCCAUGGGCAGGCCAAUGCAACCCCAGAUGGGGGGCCCAGGGGGCCCCCCAGGGAUGCAAAUGAGGCCCCCGGGGGGAGGCCCCAUGGGGGGCCCCCCCGGGGGCCCCAUGGGGGGCCCCAUGGGGGGCUCCCCUGGAGGCCCCAUGAUGCCUCCGCUGGCAGAAGGGGGAGGGGGCACUGGGGGGCCCCUCGACAUGAGGGGGCCCAUGCAGGGGGGCCCCCAGGGAGGACAGCCAAGAAGGACACGGGGCCUUAUGGGCGGUGGAGACUCGGACAAAGAAAUUGAGGAGGAAUUGUCCAUAAAGGGCGGCUUAGGGGUAAUUUGA